AUGAGUACUGAAACGGAGGACGUAGACUUGUGGAGGGGGAAAACAGGCUUCAAGCCGUGUUUCUCAACCAAUGAGACUUGGUUGCAGAUACGAAAAUUAGGGACUCCUUGCGCCUGGGGUAAGGGUAUUUGGUUCUCCCAAGCUACCCCUAAAUUCGCAUUUAUGACUUGGAUUGCUGCAAGAAACCGUCUAGCAACAAUGGACCGGAUCUCUUACUGGAACCAGGGUGUGGACUCUACCUGUGUACUCUGCAAAGCGGCUCAGGAGACUCGAAACCACCUCUUUUUUCAGUGCACCUUCUCUUCUCAGUUAUGGGAGCAGCUGGUGAAAGGUAUUCUGCGUAAUGCUCACACUCAAAACUGGGAUGAUAUUAUUGAACUGAUCAGUGUAUCGACGAUGGAGAGGAAAAAGACCCUCUCUCUCAGAUAUGCUUUCCAAAUCUCAGUGUAUACGAUUUGGAGGGAAAGAAAUAAGCGUCGUCAUGGUGAUAGCCCUAUGCCUCUGCAAGUUUUGUUGAAGCUCACAGAUAAAGCUAUCAGAAACAAGCUAAGUUUGAUUCAAAAGAAGAGAGUGAAAGGAAUGGACACUAUUCUUCAAUUUUGGUUUAGCACAAGACUGUAA